UGGUUGAAAUUAAGAGAUUUGGUAAAACUGCAGAGUGUGUGUGGGUGUGUAAGUUAUUAUUUGGUAAAGUUGGUUGGAUGUGAAGAGGAUAAAGAGUGAAGAGAAAUGAAUGAUGGUAAAAAGAAAGAAGUACUUGGAAUGAGAAUGAUGGAAAUGCAAGGCCUGGCACAUAGCACAUGGUGGUGGCUAGAAAACAAAAAAAGCAAUAAAUGGAAGGGGAGAGGAGUGUGACAAAAAAAUUGAAGGUUAGCGAAUGAAUGGCAGUGGUGAUAAUGCGGUGGGAAACACAGGUUCAAAGUGGAAAGAAAAAAGAAUUGGAAAGGGGUGAGGUAGGGGUCAUCAUCAACCUGACCCCGUUUGUCUCCUCACAAGUAUAUCUUCGCACGUUACCAACGUAGAUGCUAAUGUCAGUCCCUGUGUUUCCCUUUCCUCUCACCUUUCAUCUCCAUUUCCUCUUCUUUCACUGCACCAUCCUCUCUCUCACUAAAACCCCUUCACGCCUCACCCUUUUUCCUCUCUUUUCUCUCAUCUAUUGUGAUUUCUUUCUUCCUUUAACAACCAACAACUGUAGUACUACAUACAUGAGGUGGUUUGGAGUUGCUUUCUUUUUAUUUGUUCUUCUUUUUUCCAGCUGCAUAAAUGGUGAUAAUGAUUCAAAAUGUAGGCAGCGUAGGGAAUUAGUUUAGUUUAAGGUAUGAAAAACAAGUUUGUCCAAACUGGGUAUUUGUAAAAAGAAAAACUUUGGAGUAAGUUGUGGAAUCUGCAUUGGAAGGAUGAAGAACUUGUACUGGUUUAAAGAAAUGUCUAACAACGUAAGAUCAGGGAGAAGGCUUUCGCUUGGGGAGUACAAGCGAGCGGUGUCAUGGUCCAAGUAUCUGAUCUCUUCAGGGGCAGCCAUAAAGGGAGAGGCUGAAGAAGAAUGGAGUGCUGAUCUGUCUCAGUUGUUCAUUGGCUCAAAGUUUGCUUCUGGGAGACAUAGCAGGAUCUACAGAGGCAUCUACAAGCACAUGGAUGUUGCAAUUAAGCUUGUGAGUCAACCGGAGGAGGAUGAGGAAUUGGCUGUUUCGCUAGAGCAGCAAUUCACUUCCGAGGUUAAUUUGCUCUUUCGAUUGCGCCAUCCAAAUAUCAUCACCUUUGUUGCAGCUUGCAAGAAACCUCCUGUGUUCUGCAUUAUUACUGAAUAUUUGUCCGGGGGUUCCUUGAGAAAAUACUUGAUUCAGGAAGGACCACACUCGGUUCCUCACAACGUUGUUCUGAAAUUAGCCUUAGACAUUGCUCGGGGAAUGCAAUAUCUUCAUUCUCAGGGUAUACUUCACAGGGAUCUGAAAUCAGAAAACCUGCUGUUGGGGGAAGAUCUGUGCGUAAAAGUAGCAGAUUUUGGGAUCUCGUGCUUGGAAUCUCAGACCGGUAGUGCAAAAGGAUUCACUGGAACAUACCGUUGGAUGGCACCUGAAAUGAUCAGAGAAAAACGUCACACAAAAAAAGUAGAUGUCUAUAGUUUCGCCAUUGUUCUAUGGGAACUCCUAACAGGGUUGACCCCAUUUGACAACAUGACACCAGAGCAAGCAGCAUAUGCAGCAACUCACAAGAAUGAAAGGCCUCCGUUACCAUGUGAGUGUCCAAGGGCAUUUAGUCAUCUCAUAAACAGAUGCUGGUCAAGCAAUCCAGAUAAAAGACCACAUUUUGAUGAGAUAGUUGGGAUUUUGGAGAGCUACAGUGAAGCACUUGAGGAGGAUCCACAGUUUUUAACCACUUACAAACCACGUCCUAAUAAUCUUUUUCUCAGAUGCUUACCCAAAUGUAAUACUACUCCCAAUGUUUCUGCUUCUACCAAACCUUAACGUUCUCUUUCCAAUAAUGUCACAUCAACUGUAUUAAAUCCCAGGAAACAAAUAUAUCUUAUAUGUUUAAUUUAUAACUAUAAUCCUCUUCUAUAUUCUUAACAACUAUC